GUCAAAAAAUGCAACGGAGUGCAGGAACCCAUCUCUUGAGGUCUCUCUCUGAGGGGCCAAUGUGGUGUAGAGAGGGGUCCUUGGUCCUCUCUGAGGUGACAGUGUGAUGUGGAGAGCAGUGUGGGUAGGAGAAGGGCCCUUGAUCCCUCCCUGAGGAGACAGCAUGGCCUGAAGCGGGGUCCUUGGUGCUGUGACUGGUGCAGGAGCCGGCACGUCCUGCUUAGCUGGCACUGGGGACGACGGGGCAGUUGGUGGAAAAAAUGGCCUUUGAUAACAGCCCUCGGUAACGACCUGCCUCACCCAGAGCAGACCCGCGGGGAGGGAGGACGGUUGCAGUGUGGGUCCUCUUAUCUUGAUCCCAAAUUUAUCUCGACCAAUGCUUUGUGCAACCCAACGGCAGCCUGAUAAGGCGUCUGACCUCGCCGGGGCUUGGCUUGGUGAGUCACGGAGAGCGCUGGAGGGGCAGCUGCCCCCCUGCCCCAGCGUCAGCCGCAUCGGCUCCCUAGAUUUAGGGAAGUGGCCGGAGCUGUUUCCUCCCGUGCUCCAGCCAAUGCUGCCUGGCGAGCACAGAGGGGAAAUGCUAACUCAGGCCCUGCAGGGAGCAGAGCGCAGCCCGGGGCAGGCUGGAGCAGGGACGCAGGCUGUUUUCCAGGCUGCAGCGUGGGUUAUUCCCAAGGCAGGGGCUUCCCCGGCGCCCACCGCGGCUGACCGCAGAGGGACCAGCGGUGGUGGCAAACCCACCGGAUCCGGCUGUGCCGCGGCCGCUCGGUUCCCUCGAUCACGCUGCAGCGAGGGGUGUUGUGUGGGAGCGGGGUGUCUCGUCCGGUGGCAAACCCGUGCUCAGAUCAGAGGAAACGUUGUGAAACCGCAGCCUCGGGGCGGGGGAGACACCACGAGUUGCUAUCGUGGCAUCUUCCCACCGCGGCCGCGGCCCCGGCUGUUCCCACAGGCGCUCCGGGUGUCCCUGCCUGCUCGCCAGCUCUUUUAUGGGCUCCGGCUUCCUGACGCAGUGGGGAGGAAGGGCACCACCUGUGUCCUCGUGUCAUUUCCCUUUGUCUUCAGCCCCUGCCUGGCCUGCAGGGAGAGCACUCCACAGUGGGCAGCCUUCAUCUACUACCUCCCCUUCAUCGUCAUCUUCCAGUUUGGCUGGGCAGCCACGCAGGUGUCCCACCUGGCCCUCAUCCCGGAGCUGGUGAGCAGUGACCAUGGGAAGGUGGAGCUUACAGCUUUCAGGUAUGCCUUCACUGUCAUGGCCAACAUCACCGUGUACGGCCUGACUUGGCUCCUGCUGAACUUCCAGACGGACCAGCCCGACAUGGAGCACCUGGGCCCACAGGACAUCCCUGUGUUUCGGAACUUGGCCCUCAUCGUGGUGGGGCUGGGGGCCGUGUUCUCCCUCAUCUUCCACCUGGGCACCAAGGAGAAGCACCCACUGGGGGUGCUGCCUGAGCCAGAGGAGAGCACCCCGCUGCUGCACAAGGAGCCCCUGGGCCCCCCGCGCCCGCUGCUGCUCUGGAAGGACUGGCUGCUGGAGCCCUCCUUCUACCAGGUCGCGGUGCUCUACAUGGCCACCCGCCUCAUUGUCAACCUGUCCCAGACCUACAUUGCCAUGUACCUGACCAACUCGCUGCUGCUCUCCAAGAAGUACAUUGCCACCAUUCCCUUAGUGAUGUACGUCAGUGGGUUCCUCUCCUCGUUCCUCAUGAAGCCUGUGAACAAAUGGAUUGGUCGGAAUCUGACUUACUUUGUGGGCAUCCUGAUGGUCCUGGCCUUUGCCUCCUGGGUGGCCCUGGCCAGGCCAAUAGGAGAUGAGAUCUACGGGCUGGCGGUGCUGCUCGGGGCUGGCUCAGCCACCAUCCUGGUCACCUCCCUGUCUAUGACUGCAGAUCUCAUCGGCACCAACACGCACAGCAGUGCAUUUGUCUACGGUGCCAUGAGCUUCACGGACAAGAUGGCCAAUGGCCUGGCUGUGAUGGUGAUCCAGAACCUGCACCCCUGCCCGACCGAGCUGUGCUGCCCUGCCUGUGUUGACUUCUACCGCUGGGUGAUGGUGCUGGUCACUGGCGGCAUCGCUGCCGCCGCUGUCACCAUGCUGUGCUCCAUCAUGGUGUGGCCCAUCCGGAUACGCCGCCGUGCUGUCGGCCUGCAGGGGCUGAGCAGCGCAAGGACCCCUGAAAGUGGCACUGGGAGCACUGAGGGAGAGAGCCGGAGUGGCACCGUCAACUGAGCGGGGCCGUGUCCGUGGCCACCGUGUCCUCAGGGUUGUGUCCUCGGCCACCACGUCCUGGGCCACCACGGUGCCACACUCUGAGUCUGGAGCGUCCCCUGCACUGGGGGCCACUGGGCAAGAGGGGGUGACCCCACCCUGUCUCCUUGCACUGGACUCGUAUUCCCACCCUGACCUCAUGUCCCCAUCCUGGACUCUGGUGUCCCAGACCCCACCGGGCCCACGAGGGCUGUCCCCGGUGCAGUGUCACGGUGCAGGGUCACCUGUCACCUCUCACCUGCACAAUGAACACUAGCAGGGUCUAGGCCAGGCCGGGGCGGCCCCAGAAGAAGGGAGCGCUCGGCCCGAGGUUUUAACCUGCUUUUGUAAGGUCAAUACGUACAAACGGCACUUUAUAAAGGAGGAGGAAAAGGA